CGUCAAGCCGGGCUCACUGCCAGAGGAGGCCCCGCCGAGCGCCGCGGAGCGCCCAGGAUGCGCGGGGCGGCCGCCACCCUCCGUGGCAAGGCGAGGCCCCGGGGGCGGGCCGGGGUCACCACGUCUGCCCCAGGGAACCGCACAGGCACCUGCGCUCAGCUGCAGCUGUCCCCGCAAGCCACCUUCCAAGUCCUUCGUGGUGAUGGUGCUUCCGUGGGGACCGUACUCAUGUUCCGUUGCCCCUCCAACCACCAGAUGGUGGGGUCUGGGCUCCUCACCUGCACCUGGAAGGGAAGCAUCGCUGAGUGGUCUUCAGGGUCCCCAGUGUGCAAACUGGUGCCGCCGCAUGAGACCUUUGGCUUCAAGGUGGCUGUGGUCGCCUCCAUCGUGAGCUGCGCCAUCAUCCUGCUCAUGUCCAUGGCCUUCCUCACCUGCUGCCUCCUCAAGUGCAUGAAGAAGGGUGAGCAACGGCGUUCCAACAGGUCAGCCCAGCUGUGGUCCCAGCUGAGAGAUGAGGACUUGGAGACCGUGCAGGCCGCAUACCUGGGCCUCAAGCACUUCAACAAACCCAUGAGCGGGCCCAGCCAGGCACACGACAACCACAGCUUCACCACAGACUAUGGCGAGAGCACCAGCAAGCUGGCCAGCGUGACCUGCGGCGUGGACAAGGACCCCGGGAUCCCCAGGCCUCUGGGCCUCAGUGCCUCCUCCAGCUCACCCCAAGCCCAGGUGAUGGUGCAUAUGGUGAACUGCAGGCAGCCCCUGCCUGCCUCUGGUCUGACCACAGGGAUGCAACGACAGCCCACAGCAUAUGCACUAGGGUGACCCAGGAGUGAGGCCGAUGCCCACAUUCCACACCGGGAGGCCAGGCUGACCCCACCAGCCAGUCAGCUGCAACUCCACGUGCGCCCAGCUUGAGACUCUUCAGUGGAAUCAGAUUCCAGGUGUAGGGACCCCUCAGGGGGCCAAGCUGACAUCCAAGGCUGAGGACCCCAGCAGGGGGAGUGUUCUUUUCCGACACGGCCUGGCCAUAAUGAUUUUUAUAGUUAUGGCUUACUUGAAACCACUACUGAGGGUAAGAUACUGGCUGUGGCCUCCCACUAACUAGCAUUCCUUUAAAGAGACUGGUAGAUGUUUUAAGCAAAUCUAAUUUUGUAUCAUAAAAUAAGAAAAUAGCAAUAAACUUCUUUUCAGCAACUACA